UGGAGAGUUGCGGCUGAGUGUUGGGGGAGGGGAUUGGAGGGCUUUGGGCAGUGACAUGUUAUGGGCACUGUACGGCGCGAUCAGGUCUGGACACCGCUGACAGCUUGUGAUGUGAACAGGGCUGAGCUGCUAAUAAAGCUGUUGAUCGGGUAACCAUGAGGGAUAAACAGAAAAAAGAGUCUCCGCCGUUCACACCACCAAUGAGUAAAAAUAAUGGGUUUAAGAUUCCAAAGAAAAAACCAGAUGACUGGUGUGAAGAAAUUCAUACAAGUUCACCUUUAACAAGACUCAGUCCUGAGUUCAAAAAUGUCACUCUUCGGAAGAGGCCAUAUUCUUCUUAUGAAUCUUUUAAUGUUCCACGAAAUAUGGAAACCCAUUCAUAUUAUAAAUCACCUGGUCAUUACCGGCUUAUGAGGACCGAACAAAUGUUAGACCGUCCCAAGGACAUAGAAAUGGAAACUGAAGCUAAAUCUGAAAAAAGAACAUCAAUAGAGCCCAAAGACAAUGCCCUGGGAGCCUCCCUGGUUACUGCAUGCAGAGAUGUCAGCAAUACACCAAUUUCUCCACAAAAAGACAUUAACUUUGGAGUGAAGAAAAAUAGCACUGAAGAUGGAAAUCCAAAUGUAUCAAAAGCAGGAAAUUUGGAAUCUAAGAAUUUAGUGAAGAGUAAUGUUGGCGCAUCAAACACGAGAGAAAAAACCUACUGCUUCAAAAGAGCAGAGUAUUGGGACAAGAAGACCUCCCCUUCACCAACAACUGCAUCUGUGCGAUAUUCUAGAGAUAACCCUCCAUCAUCAUCAGAAUCUGCUACAGACUGUCCUGUGAAAUCAUCUGAUACUAUCCUUAAAGAGAGAGCAGUCAAGACUUCUAAAGAAAGUAAAAGACCUUCACUUGAGAGCUGUUCAGGGAAUCCAGCAGUGAACAGUUCCCAUUCUUACAGAUUGACCAGGAGUGGGAGGCAUCUGCAAUCUACCAGUAAAGGAACUCAGCCAGCUGAGCCAAUUGUGCUAUCAAGUGAUGAGGAGGAGAGAGAACAUGAAGAGAGUGAAAAAGUGGUUGAUGAAGAACCAUCAGUUGAAAUGAAGGAAGAUGAUGUGUGUGAAAAACAUUCUUCUUCUCACUGUAGUGAUGUGGAGCCCAUGGAUUGUUCUCCAACUUUAUUAGAUCCACUGCCGACAUCAGAGAACUUUGUUCUGCAGUUGAAGUUUCUCAAUGUUUAUUUUGGUAAAAAGAAAGGAAGAGCAAAGGGCCCUAUCAAGGUUACCCCGAAAUCUAUUGAAAUUCCUCUGCAAGUGCCUUUGCAGAAGAGUAAAUGUAUUUCAUUAAAUACAGUGAAGUUGCAAAAGUAUGGUUUUUGGUUAACAAAUGCAAAAGACUCUGUAAGGAGUAAUGCCGUUAUUGUCUUAUGGAUAACCACCGAUUACAUACCUCACGUUGAGAAACAAAUAGGAGAAAUAUCCAAAAAUCUACCCUCUAAGUCAAAUGAACUCAUCUUUCUGGAGUUGGCUGAACCGCUCUCAGGCAAGGAGCAGUCCCUGAUGUGUAAGAUUAUGAAGGAAGCCAGUGAGGAUGGGGUGUGUACCCUUGCUGAUAUGCUGACCUGGGACGAGAUAAAUUCCAUGCUGGAAGCCUUGUCUAAUGAAGACUGCUCUUUCAAAGCAAAUUGUUGCUUUGCCCUUAAAAAGCAGCAACAAGAGUCAAGCAAUACAGCUCUUCCAAUAGACCCACCAAAGGCUUCAAAAGUAACAUCUUCCUACACCUUGAUACAGAAAUACAAACAUGGACAUUAUUCGGUGUCUAUGGUCCCAAGACAGGAUGACAACUUGAAGGAAGUGAACAAGGGAGGAACACUUCUGAGAUUACUGGUUUAUCCUCCUCCCCCAACUAAAGGAGGCCUUGCUGUAACUAAUGAAGAUCUGGAGUGUCUGGAACAUGGAGAAUUUCUUAAUGAUGUUAUUAUUGACUUCUAUCUGAAGUACCUCCUAUUGGAGCAUUUUCCAAAACCAUUUGCAGAAAAAUGCCAUCUGUUUAGCAGUUUUUUCUUUAAGUGUUUAACAAGAAAGGAUAAUGUUACAAGUGACAAUAACUCAGAAAUGCCUGCAUCACAGAGAAGACACCAUAGGGUCAAAACCUGGACCCGACAUGUUGAUAUCUUUACAAAGGACUUUGUCUUUGUACCUGUUAAUGAAAAUUCCCACUGGUAUCUCAUAGUGAUAUGUUUUCCCUGGAUGGAAAAAGCAGUUUAUGAAGAUAGAAAAGAACCCAUUGCCAUUCAGGAUGUUAAAAAAGGGAAUAGUUCAAACAGUGGAUCAGUUAUUGUAUUUAAUGACCAUUUAUCAAAGAAAGAGGAAACUAUAGGAGAAGGAAGCAAUAGCGAAUCAGAAGGUUCUUCAAGCUCAGGAAUAAACUGCAAUCCCAAACAUUCUAAACACAAAGACAAUCACCAUGGUAAACUCUGUAAAAGGCCGUGUCUACUAGUCUUUGAUUCUCUAAAAACUGGAUCUGCACAGACUGCUGUACAAGUUUUACGAGACUAUUUGAAGGUUGAGUGGGAUAUCAAACGCAAAACUCCAAGGGAAUUUAGCAGGUCCAGCAUGAGAGACUUGUAUCCCAAAGUUCCGAAACAGAAUAACAGCACAGACUGUGGUUUGUACGUCUUGCAGUACAUGGAAAGCUUUGCUCAGAAACCUAUUGAAAGCUUUGAUCCUCCAAUGCGUUUAGAGAACUGGUUUCCUGCAAUUGUAGUUAAGAAUAAAAGGGAUGAGAUUAGAGACUUGAUUCUACGGCUACAUGUGCAGCAAUCUAAGAAGAGCUAAAGAGAAAGCCACUGCCUACCCCUCAUGGUACAGCAAUAGGAUUUUUGCUUUCUGUAAAGGCUGAACAGAAGAUACAAAAUGUCUUUGUAAUUAUUUAUAUUUGGAAAUAUCUUUAUAGGAAUAAAAAGAAAUUGUAAUAUAAACCUUAUAUAAACAUUUGUUGUUACGCAUUCUUUGCAUUGAAAUAUGUGACUAAGUUUAUUUUAUUUGUUUUGUACAUGGGUUUAUUUAAAGCGCACCAGUGAAUAGUAACAGCUUUUGUUGAGGUCUGCGUCUUCAGACCUCAACCAAUGAUUAGAAUGAGCAGCAGAAGAACCACUACUGUCCUCGCACUGUCUGUGAGACCAGAACCAUCCCAUAGACUUACUUUAUGAUUCUGUCCUGGUCAAGUGAAUGCACUAAGCAGGCUUUUUCACCUGAUCGGUCGGGGUCUGAAUACUCCGACCCGACCAGUCGAAACUUUUUAUAUGUACAACAUGACAGUGCCCAUUUAAAGGGUCUUUCUAAUUUAAUCCAAACAAAGUAUAGGCUGCUGUAUGAAUAAAAUAACAAAAUAGACUAUAAUAACCUUACCCGGUCUAGCGCUAGUGCUCUUUUCUACUCCGUCCCUUUGCUUACUUACCCUGAAGAUGUGUGGUCCCUGCCCUGCUAAUUGCAUUCCUAAUAUAUGUUAGUCUCAGUUAAUGACUUCAUUGGGUUUAGAACAUCCUCAGGAGAGCAGGGAGAGCACAUGAUCAGGGUAAGUAAACAGAGGAGCCAGGGUGGGCUGGAGCACUGUAUCCAAAUUAGGAUUAUCUAAUUGAAAAUUGCUUUAUUUUUAAUUUUUUUCAUAUAUAAAAUUAAGCAAACGGGCCUAUAGCCUUGAGGCAGUUAGCCCCCGUCUUGUGAACACUUGCUACUCUGCAUAUAUGGAAAAGCGCAAAGUUUGCAAAUCUAAAGCAAUGCCUAUGAGGGUGCCUUUAACCCCUGAUUGAUAUUGUUACACUAUAUGAAACCAUCAAUAAAGGGAUCUAUGAUGCUUUCACUUCGGGUCAUUUGAUCCACGAUCAGACUUUACCAUGAAGCCGUAAUAUGGAAACAAACACUUGUCUGAAGCAGAUUAUGCUACUAUCAAUUGACUUUAAUGGGUCUGCCGCAGAACAUGCAGCAGAUUAUGUAUGUGUAAACAUACUUUUUAAGAGAGAACUAACCCUAGAUACUAGCUAAUCAUAACCUCUACCAAGGUGUAAGGUUAAGCUCUAUCUCAAAUUACUAAGCUCAAUAUUCCUUUAUUUAAAUAAUAACCACAGAGGUCCAGAGAGCAGAAAUGUGUUGCUUUAUGCAUGAUCCAUGAAGAUCAAGGGCACCUCUAUCUGCCUGGUGUGUGGAGUUUUAUUUACUUAAAGGGGUUGCCAAAAAUAUUUUUAUAUAGGAAAGUGCUCAGAGUUUGCAGACACACAAAAAUAAAUGUACUCUCCUACCCGCCAACCUCACACUGGUGCCAUACCAAUUGCUCUGAGCUUUUUGUUCUCCUUCUGACAUGCAGGAAAUGCCCACUUAGUCAAUCACCUGCAGAAUUGGGUCACUCGGGGGGGUUCACGGCAAGGGAGGUGAAUACCAGCCUCCCUCCAAAGGUUACCCACAUAUUAGCCCAUUCCACCAUGUCUUGAUCCCCUGUGUGAGUAUGGUUGGUGUAGGGUGGGGUAUACAUGCACUCUCACCCACCUCUUUGGUGUUUUUUUAUGCCUAAAGGAGUAUUCUAACCAUAUACUUUUAUUUGUUUCCAUCACUGCUAUAAAUAUUUAAUGCAAUGCCAGGCCACCCUUUUGACUUCCACUCUAUUUAGACUUGCUGCUAGUGAGUGUUUAGACCCCUAGAGAUCUAACAUCCCCUACUCAUUAAAUAAGAUAAAUAUUUGUGGCUGAGAUAUCCAUUUAGUCAACCUUUUUUUUUUUUUCUUGCAUUUUAUUGUUCUAAAAAUGUAUUUUAUGUAGUGAUCUGUUUUAUUUGUUGAAUUGAAUUUAUAGGUAUUAAGGUAAUAACUUAUAAAAUAAAUUAUACAUUCUAAAUAAAUGUAGUUCUACCUUUGAACCUCAUGUCACCCUAACAGAUGUGUGCCAGGGUGAUUACAUGCACAACUUCUAAUAUCACUCUUUGUGAUAAUACCCUGUCAUGUAAAGGGCUUUUCACACUGCAUCUCACUAAAAUGGUUUAGGUAUACAUCAUAGGAGAAUUUCUCUACAUAUGUUUUUGUUUUUUACUGUAUAAUGCUUUAUGCAUUGGCACAGAUAAAUAGAUAAAAUGGGCACUGUCAAACCAAAAAACUUUUAUAUGUUGUUGCUGAUGAGAAUUAAAGACCCUUUUGUAAUAUGGUUGUUAAAAGGUUUUUGAAAAUGUUGUAAAGAAAAUGGCUCCUGAAAAUCUCACCUCUAGGGGUCCCCAUACCUACUGGGUAUGGAGACAGCAUCAGGUUUGUCCAUUAGUCAUGGAAAAGAGAUGACUCCUGGACAAGGCUGCAUGAGCAGACACACCAAUCACCCCCCACCACCACAAUGGAGAUACACGCCCACUUUCCCCUAAAGGAUUUCUAACACUGUGAGUUAAUGAAAAGGGGUGUUUUCAUAAUGUAGGUUAUAGAGGCAUAAAAAUUAGAUGUACAUGGUCAGGAUUAGGUGCUGAGUAACAUAAAUUUUUUGGGGGAUCUGACAGGAGCACUUUAAGUUA